AUGAAUCCUCAAGCCACUCAGCACAAGCAAGACUCAAGCUCCGGUCCCGCCCUCAAGCCAGAGCACAUCAAGCCUACCACUAUCGCCGAGGGUCACGCUAGCGGCACGACCUCUCCCGAUCAUCCAAAUACUGUCUCAAGCGGCAGCCGCUUGCCUCAUCUCAAGCGCAGCGAUAGUUCGGAGACUUUGCUGACCUCUCUCUCCGAGGAGACCGUCACGAGCGAGCCUAGCCUCAUCUACCCGAACGCACCAAAGGGCACUCCACGCGAGUCUGUGGCCGGAGAUGUCCCUCACUCGCAAUCACAUGAGCUUCACGUGAGCGACCUCUCCGCCAAGCUGAGAGCCAUGCCCACCUUCACCACCGGAGAGUUCACGCCUCCCACCUCGGUCAAGGACCCGCAAGGUAAGGCUCAGAAGACCGUUGCGUUUACAGAGCCCGUAGCACGUGACACUUCAGGAAACGUUUACACACCAACACACGGCACUCCCAAUGCCCGUAACCUUCCUGCAGUAGUCAGAGCGCAAACAAUCAAAUUCAAAGCGGACGUAGCUGAGUAUCAUGCAGAGAAAGCACGGCGUGAGGCGGCGAACGACUCGAGAGCGGCCACUCCCACCCAAACAGUCCAGUCGCCACCUUCGAAGCUAUUCCCUGAGCACAGCACCUGGGCUGACCUGGCGGAGGAGGAUGUGUCAAAGGGCUUACAGAGGCUCUUCCGCGUGGCGAGGGAUGAGCACUCACUCGGUUCGAGCAAGACCAUCGAGGAGUAUUACAGCCAGCGCCUUGGCAAGCUUCUGAAGGGUGCGGAGAUCCGCUUCGAUCCCAAGUACCUUCAGUGA